ACAUUUGGCAGUCGGAGCUCUUCGCUGCUUGAGCCUGGGAAGGUACAAAGGCGCAACCUGGGAGGGUACAAAGGCACAACCUUGGAGAGCCCGGAGCUCAGAAGAGGCUGAGCCUGCAGUGUGUGCCGCAGGGAACCAUCAACCGAGGUGAACGAGUGCUGUUCCUGGACCAGGGAAGAACAAAAAUAUCGUCUCUCCAGCAGUUGCUUGGGAAACAGAUCCUGACCGUGCUGCAAGCUGUAUUUCUCUUUGGACGAUUUCACAACCAGGCACCAUGGGAACAGGUUGGGUACUGUGUGUUUCCCGGGCGUUGAGCAGUGGGAGGUUGUGGCUGAAAAACAGCGGGACCACAGGGCUAUGCAGAUGCCAGCUAUUUUCUUGAGACAGAACCUGGGAGGGCAAUGGCUGGGACCUCUCUGGAGUCAGGAGGAGGCCUAAUGUUGGAGCAAGCCCUUUUGUGUGACCCGGAGAAGGAAGAAGUCCACUUGACUAUGUCCCCUCCUGGCACCCUUGGCCAGACUAUAGUGUUGGACAUGGAACAGAGCUGUGGCACUCCUAGGGAUGCAAAGGCUGAGGAGGAUGGAGUUGCUGCCAAGGGUCCAGCAGUGCGGACGAAAGCAUCGGGGACCAUCCAGUGCAAAGGAAGUGACUGGUCAGAAGACUUGGGGAGUUCAGAGGAGGACCUGAGCCACAGCCAGACUGCAUGGGCUGAGGAGGGGGAUCCAGAGCAAUCUCCUGCAAGUCCCAACAAGCCUUUAGCUGCCUGCCGUCCUGGAGGAGGUCAGCUUCCUUGCACAGUGCUGGAGGAGGAGGAGGUAUCGCUUGCCCCCCUUGCAGUGGAGGAAGAGUGUUAUAGCGUCAGAGUUGAGCAAGAGCUUCCUAUGGAGGAAAACAUGGCAGAGGUGGAACACAGUUGCCUGUUGGAAACCAGGGGCUGGGCUCUCAGCAGAGGAGAGCCGGGUAUUGUAACACAGUCCUGCUGCAUCCAGACAGAGGACGACAGCAUGGACGAGCAGGAGUGCCCGAUUUGCACAGAACUGUAUGACCAAGACAAACGCAGGCCAGCCUUGCUGAACUGCAGCCACGUGCUCUGUGACCAGUGCCUGCGUUCCAUCAUGGAGGCAUCCAGCGCUGCGGAUAUCGGGCGUGUGCGCUGCCCUAUCUGCCGCCAAAAGACGCCCAUGAUGGAGUGGGAGAUCUGCAAGCUGCAAGAGGAGAUGCUCUUGAUGAACUCCGAGCAGGGCCCGGCAGUGGCUCCUCCAACUUUUACUGCCCUUCCAGCCCGGCGUCCAGGGGUCUGGGGAAGCUUGGAGCACCACUUCCAGGUCCGCUUCCAUACCACCCGCAUGGUCGGCUUCCUGCCCUGCCUCCGCUACCCUCCUUCCCUUAUCAGCGGGCUGGCCCGCCUGGAACAGCAUUGCCGUUGGUGCUACCGCUUAGCUUUGGUGGGACUUCUCAUCUCCGAGAUGCUGAGCCUCUUACUUGUCUUCUUGCCCAUCGUUUUGCUGCUGUUGCUCUUCCUUAUUCUGGACAAAUAGCGUUUAAACGAGAUGGAGACUGAAGGAACGGGUUGGCUGAGCCAUUCAGAUAGCCGCCCCCUCCUCUUCCCGGCCCUGCCGGCUCCACUGUCUUAAACAGAACUUUGGGGUUCAUGAGUCUUUUCCUCCCGUCUCUUUGCUGGACUGAGCCUUAGAAAGUUGCACUUACCACUUAACUACCCAGCACCCUGGUGGUGUCAGGAGAAGCCCAUCUUUUUUUAGCCUUUCUGAAACAGAGGGGGUUGGUGGCCCCACAUUCAGUUUCCAAAAUUAAAAGCACCCUAAAGUUA